GUGACAAGUAGUCCGAGGCAAGAUGAAGAAGUUCACGUUCAAGGGGGUGCUCGACGGGUUCCGAUCCUCGGUGGCUCAACAGGUCAACAGGCCCGAGCAGGAGAUCGUCGAGACGCUCCGCUCCGAGCACUUCCAGGUCAAGAAGACCUUCAAGCAUGGCUUUCCGCACCAGCCGAUCUCCAUGGCCUACGACCCGGUCCAGAAGCUGCUGGCCAUCGGCACCAAAACAGGAUCCCUGCGGAUUUUGGGCGCGCCCGGGGUGGACGUGCACGUCAAGCACGAGAGUGCCGUCCUGCAGAUACAGUUCCUGGUCAACGAGGGCGCCCUCAUUACGGCCACCGCCGACGAGACCAUCCACCUGUGGAACUUCCGGCAGAAGGUGCCCCAGGUCGUGCAGAGCCUCAAGUUUCAGCGGGACAAGAUAACGUGCAUGCAUCUACCGCUGCAGAGCAAGUGGCUGUACAUAGGCACGGACCGAGGGAACAUACACUUCCUCCACAUCGAGACUUUCGUGCUCUCAGGCUACGUCAUCAACUGGAACAAGGCCAUUGAAGUGUCGAGGAAGACACACCCGGGCGUCGUCGUCCACUUGAGCGAUAAUCCCUUGGACCUCAGCAAGCUGCUGAUUGGCUACGAGACCGGGCAAAUCGUGCUGUGGGACCUGAAGCUGAAGGCCGCCGAGUUUCGAUGGCAAACGGAGGAACAGUUCGGCACCCUCAAGUCGAUAUCCUGGCACCACGAGGGCAAACAGUUCAUGUGCAGCCACAACGACGGCUCCCUCACCACGUGGACUCUGCGGCAGGCCAAGCCCGCCAGCGUCACGCAUCCGCACGCAAAAAACACGAAGGACGAGCAGCCGGAGCCCUGCAAGCCCAUUCAGAAAGUCGAGUGGAAGCUCUCCAGAUCUGGGGAAACGUACGUGGUGUUUUCCGGUGGUCUGGCCUACGAGACGACCGGCAGAACGCCAAGCAUCACAGUCGUCCAGGGCAAGACGACCACCGUCCUCGAAAUGGAGCACAACGUCAUCGACUUUGUCACGCUCUGCGACAGCCCUUGGACUAGCGACUACCAGGAUCCGUUCGCGGUCGCAGUGCUGCUGCAGAACGACCUGGUUGUCAUAGAUCUGCUGACGCCGGGUUUCCCGUGUUUCGAGAAUCCAUACCCGAUGGACCUGCACGAGUCGCCGGUGACUUGUUGCGCAUACUUUGCUGACUGUCCGGGUGAUCUGGUGCCAGCGUUUUACUCGGUUGGUAAGACAGGGAGCAAGAAGACCGGUUUCAGCGAGCACAAUUGGCCGAUUGCUGGUGGAGAGUGGAACCCCAACUCCAGCAGCUACAGCGAGAUUAUUCUCACAGGGCACGCCGACGGCAGCAUAAAGUUUUGGGACUCGUCGGCCGGCUCGCUGCAGGUGCUUUACAAGCUCAAGACGGCCAAGCUGUUCGAGAAGAGCCGAGGCCGGAUGAGCGUCGACAACGACGAGGACCCACUCGCGAUCCAGCUCAUCUUCCUGUGCCCCGAAAGCCGCAAGCUCGCGAUCGCCAAUACCGGCAGGAACGUCAUUCUCUUCAAGUUCAAGAAGGUCGAGAGCACGUCCGAAGUCGUGACGCUGGAGGUGUCGCUGGCAGCGAACCCAAGCAAGGACACCGAGAACUCGCCCGACUUCGACUUUUCCAACCUGGGCUGCGACGAUCCCAAGGCCAACGCCGAAAAGAACCAGCCGCUCAAGGUGCGCACCGGCCUUCAGAAGCGCGCCCCAGGCUUCCAGGCGUCUCUCAUCUGCAUCACCAUGGGCCCCAACGGCGAGCUGCCUGAGAGCAUCACGGCUCUCAGUCUCAACUCGUCUUACGGAUUGUGA